GGCAGUAUAGCCAGUGCUUGCAGAGUAGCCCACGGGUUUCUGACAUGCGAAGAAGGGUUCCACUUCCGGAAAUCAAAUAAUUCACACGAUAACGUCAACAUCGUUUAAUUAGCUAGCUACCUAACGUUAAAUGUAAAAACACUAUACAUGAUUGGAUGGCCGCUUAGCUAAAAAGAGGGUAUGAAUUAACAGUUUGUGAUCGACUCUGCACCGGUCAAGCGUGAAGUGGUUGAAUGGUCAGGCUCAGUAUGUGCGCGUCCGGAAAGUACAGUUCACGGGGCCCGGCUCUGAUUCCACGGAUGAAGACUAAGCACCGCAUCUACUACAUCACCCUGUUCUCUGUGGUGCUGCUGGGACUCAUCGCCACAGGGAUGUUCCAGUUCUGGCCACACUCCAUCGAAUCAACUGCAGACUGGGGCCUGGACCGACGCAGCGUGCACGAUGCACCUCUCGUCCGACUGCCUAUCUCCAACCCUAUUCCUGAGAGAGGGGACCUUAGCUGCCGAAUGCACACUUGCUUUGAUGUGUAUCGAUGUGGCUACAACCCUAAGAAUAGAAUCAAGGUGUACAUCUAUCCUCUGCAGCGUUUUGUGGAUGAGGUAGGAGUGCCCAUCAGCAGCACAGGCCUGUCCCGAGAGUACAAUGACCUGCUCAGUGCCAUCUCCGACAGUGAGUUCUACACAGAUGACGUCACCAGGGCAUGCCUGUUCGUGCCCUCUAUUGAUGUGCUCAAUCAGAACUCUCUGCGCAUCCGGGAGACUGCCCAGGCUCUGGCCAUGCUCCCCAGGUGGGAUAAAGGGAUGAACCACCUUCUGUUCAACAUGUUACCUGGAGGACCUCCAGACUACAACACAGCCCUUGAUGUGCCAAGAGACAGGGCUCUGCUUGCAGGGGGAGGCUUCUCCACGUGGACCUACAGGCAGGGUUAUGACAUCAGCAUCCCUGUGUACAGCCCUCUGUCUGCAGACGUGGAGCUGCCCGAGAGACAGCCUGGGCCCCGGCGCUACUUCAUUCUGUCGUCUCAGACGGCCAUCCACCGUGAGUACCGGGCAGAGCUAGAGAGGCUGAAGGAGGAGAACGGGGAGGCUCUGCUCCUCCUGGACAAGUGCAGUAACCUAUCUCAGGGAGCCGCCUCAGCAAGGAAACGUUGCUACAAGGGCCAGGUGUUCGACUACCCCCAGAUCCUCCAGGAGUCGUCGUUCUGUGUGGUGCUGCGCGGGGCUCGGCUGGGACAGGCCACACUCAGUGAUGUGCUGCAGGCUGGCUGUGUCCCUGUCAUCCUAGCAGACUCGUACAUCCUGCCCUUCUCUGAGGUCCUCGACUGGAAGAGGGCAUCCGUGGUCAUUCCAGAGGAGAAGCUCCCAGAGAUGUACACCAUCUUGAAGAGUAUCCCUCACAGGCAGGUGGAGGAGAUGCAAAGACAGGCCCGCUGGUUCUGGGACGCUUACUUCAGCUCCAUGAAGGCCAUCGGCAUGACAACGCUUCAGAUCAUCAAUGACCGCAUCUACCCCUAUGCUGCCCGCACCUACGAACAGUGGAACAACCCCCCUCUGGUGAAGUGGUCGAGUGUGAACAGCCCUCUGUUCCUGCCUCUCAUCCCACCGAGGUCCCCAGGGUUCACUGCUGUGGUGCUGACCUACGACCGUAUCGAGAGCCUCUUCCGGGUCAUCACGGAGAUCUCCAAGGUUCCCAGCCUGGCCAAGCUACUGGUGGUGUGGAACAACCAGAACAAGAGUCCCCCUGAAGAUUCUCUAUGGCCGAAGAUUGCCGUGCCUCUCAAGGUGGUGCGCACCAAAGAGAACAAGCUCAGCAACCGCUUCUUCCCCUACGACGAGAUCGAGACUGAGGCCGUGCUGGCCAUCGACGAUGACAUCAUCAUGCUGACGUCUGACGAACUGCAGUUUGGCUACGAGGUGUGGAGGGAGUUACCAGACCGGUUGGUGGGGUACCCGGGUCGGCUCCACCUAUGGGACCACGAGAUGGGGAAGUGGAAGUACGAGUCCGAGUGGACCAACGAGGUGUCUAUGGUUCUGACUGGAGCAGCCUUCUACCACAAGUACUUUAACUACCUGUACACUUACAAGAUGCCAGGAGACAUCAAGAACUGGGUGGAUGCUCAUAUGAACUGUGAGGACAUCGCCAUGAACUUCCUGGUGGCCAACAUCACUGGCAAAGCCCCCAUAAAGGUGACCCCAAGGAAGAAGUUCAAGUGUCCUGAGUGCACAGCCAUUGACGGUCUGUCCCUGGACCAGACACACAUGGUAGAGAGGUACGUCCUGCACUGAGCAUGCUCAUCGCCUAGCAACUCAAGAAAGGAUCGGAGUGCAUCAACAAGUUUGCGUCGGUGUUUGGCACCAUGCCCCUGAAGGUAGUGGAACACCGUGCAGACCCAGUCCUCUACAAGGACGACUUCCCAGAGAAACUCAAGAGUUUCCCCAACAUCGGCAGUCUCUGACCGGACAGGGCUGUGGCCCAGCAACCCCCAGACACCCAUACAUACCCAGCAUCUUCUAGUUCAGGGGAGACAUAGUUUCUGUCCAUAUAGAACUAUCUGGAAGGUUGUUCUCUGUGGGGUGGUGUUGGGCACCUGUAUUGUUUCCUUUCCUAAAUACUGGUUUGAAGUGGUGAGAGUUGAGGUGUGUGUGCUCAUUGGUUGACUAGACAGAAUCCACUGUGCGACAGAGAUGACUAGUCUGUGUAUGUCUGCUGCUGUAUUCGAGUCAGAGGCCCCGUGGGCUCUUUGGCUGAUCUGGGAUCAGUGUAUAUAAAUCACAGCAGUACUAAAUGUUAAUGUAGCAUGGUGAGUCAGGACCACUGUCUGCCAAGCAUAUGGGGAGGGGGAUGUGUAAUAUGUUGAAAACCCAUAGAGAUAAUAUAUCCCAUGUCACUUAUCUCUAACUGAUGAAUUUUAAAAAAUGAUAAAUAAUAUGAAAAACAAGGUAGUUUAAGAGGGGGCUUCUUGACAAAGGUCAUUUCAUGGCAUGAGCUAUUUUUAUUUGUUUAGUGAGCACUGCAGAUGUGUAUGAUCAGCUUUCUCUGCAUAGAGGAUAUAUUGCAAAUAAUAUGUACACUAUAUAUUUACUGCCAAUUGUUCUACUGCUAACACUUUUCAAAAGAAUGACCGGUAUCUGGACAUUUUAAUGACCUUUUUUUAAGUGUUCUGCUGCGUAAUAUAUAAACUAUUGAAGUAACAUCUAGUCUGGUAUAGGAGGGAAGCUACUGUAAUUGAUGCGGUGACAUUGGACUGUCUGCUUCAUGGAGAUGUAGGCACCAGGAUGUACAACUCCCCAAUUCUGAUGUCUCUUUUUGUUUUAGGCUUCUGUUAGUCUGUGUAGGCUUGCUCAUCUCUCUAAAGGAAUGUCCUAAGCAUUAAGUUCAAGUCAGCACACACUUUUUAACAUGUCAAUAUUGCCUUUGUUUUUUUACUUUCGUAAGGAUUGUUGUUUGUGAUAAAUGUGUCCCAAAAUAUAAAUUGGAAGAAAUACAUGCUAAAUAAAGAUGUUUUCCAUG